AUGCAAGGCUAUUUGGUGGAUUCAGCAUCAUACCGAAUCACCUGACUUUCAGAUCGCUGUGGGCUUGGGGUUCGUUGGAAAUCUCCCGGCCACACCCCCCGUUUCAGUGUCUUGUUCAAUUGACCUGUCUCAUCCCUUCGCGGUCGGUGCGCUAGCCACACGCGCCUCUCUUUCGCGCGACUUUCCGACGCCUGGCCUGGUCAGUAAGACCCGGAACAGUAGAUCCUAGGAUAGCCAGCCAGCCUCGAGUCGGUCGGUGUCGGGGUCGGGCACCCUAACACUAGAUUCACCGUUCCCAAUGGCUUCCAACAAUCACCAUCCAGCCCGCCCGGGCCUCCCCAUGUCCUACUCGCAGAGCAGCAUGAGCUCGGCCAAUGGCAUGGCCUUCUCACAAUCGCAGAUGAGCUCCUUCAACGCUUCCCAGUCCGUAUCGUCCACCCCUCGAGCUACAACACCUCCGAAAGCAUCACAACAAUCCAACAUGUCGUUUGGCUACUCGAAUGGUAUGCCGCACGGCCCUCGACCGGGUUUCGCAGGGUUCGAAGAUAUGAAUGGCUAUGGCACAAUGAUGUAUCAUGAAGAAUUCAAGCCUCAGAUUUACCGGGCCGUCUACUCUAAUGUCUCCGUCUACGAAAUGGAAGUGAAUGGAGUUGCGGUCAUGAAACGCCGCUCCGAUUCCUGGCUCAACGCUACGCAGAUUCUCAAAGUCGCCGGUGUGGUCAAGGCAAGGAGGACGAAGACCCUGGAAAAGGAGAUUGCGGCUGGUGAACACGAAAAGGUCCAAGGAGGGUAUGGUAAAUAUCAAGGGACCUGGGUGAACUAUCAGAGGGGUGUGGACCUCUGCCGUGAAUACCACGUCGAAGAACUGCUGCGACCUCUUCUGGAAUACGACAUGGGCCCCAACGGUACCACCGGCUCAGCGCAGGACUCUCUGGAUACCCCGACAAAAGAGCAAGCGAUGGCGGCGCAGCGGAAACGACUCUACAGCGGGAUGGAUAACCGUGGGAUGGCUCAGCCGCAGCAAGGCACAUUCUUCCAGAACAUUUCUCGCACCGCCGCAACCGCCGUCAAUGCCAUGAGCAAAGCUCGCUUUGACUCGCCCGCGGCCCGAGGCAUUGACCAAAGGCGAUCCAGCGUCAUCCGGAAGCCUUCGCAUCAGAUGAACAGCCAAGAGACUCACAUUCCUUUCAACAGCCAGCAAAGCAUGUAUAGUGUGGCAUCUGACAGCGGCUUCGGAAGCAACUUCCAGGGCAAUGGCCGCUACCCAAUCCACGAUGGUGCCAGCUUCGACCACGAGGAGCCAAUUGAACCCCCUCGUAAGCGCAUACGGUCUGUGUCCCACCAUACGCAAUCGUUCGGGCUUCCCUACGAGCAUUCGACCCUGUCCAUACAUGAACCCACGCCCACCGAGCCAAAUGAUUCCUUUUACCAAGACAUGGAUGUCUCUACUUCGAUCGUGGAUGGCAGCAAGCGCGGGUUUGAACCGUUGCCUCCCGCCACCACCCCGGAAAGAUUCCAGAAAAUGAAACUCAUAAUGACACUGUUCCUUGAUAAAAAGACCCGGGAUUUCUCAGCCCAUCCGGCGUUGAUGCAAUUGAGCGGGGAGGAUCUGGAGAUCCCGUUGGAUGAAUAUCGCAAUAAUGCCCUGCACUGGGCGGCCAUGCUUGCUCGCAUGCCCCUGGUUUAUGCUCUGGUCGAGAAAGGGGUUAGCAUCUUCCGCCUGAACGGCGCAGGCGAAACCGCGCUGCAAAAGUCGGUAGGAACACGAAACAAUCUUGAUUAUAGGAGCUUCCCGCGCUUGCUGCAAGUGCUGGCUCCAACUAUUGACAUGGUCGAUUACAGUGGGCGAACCAUCCUCCACCAUAUUGCCGUCAUGGCCGCUACAGGGGGCGGGGGUCAUGUUUCUGCUAAACACUACCUGGAGGGCUUGCUAGAAUUCAUCGUUUGCCAUGGGGGUACGUCGAUGAGCCAACAACCUCCUAACGGAGCUACAGAGAAUGGAACGAUCCUACCUCAGACUGGGGAAGUGAUAACCCUUGGCCGAUUCAUCUCGGAAAUUGUCAAUCUUCGGGACGACCAGGGAGAUACCGCCCUCAACCUGGCAGGACGCGCACGCUCUGUUCUGGUACCCCAGCUUCUAGAGGUUGGGGCAGAUCCCCACAUACCCAAUCACACCGGCCUCCGGCCCGCAGAUUACGGUGUUGGGGUAGAUAUGGUGGACGGAAACUCCCAGUCGCAGCAAGCUGGAAAUGGAAGUGACUCGUUCAUAAACCAGCUGGAGAAGACGAAAAAGGAAAUUCUAGAUUCAACCUUGGCUCAAAUCACAUCAAUGGUGCAAGAGACGCUGGGUGGACUCGACCGAGAAUUGGCCUCCACCCUGGCCAAGAAGCAAGAGAAGUUUGACCACUGGCACUCGAAGAUUCGGGAAUCGGCCAAAGCACGACAGAUCGAGCAGAAGCAGCUGGACGAGCUUAAAUGCAAAGCUUCGGAGCGCGUGGAACUGAGCCGACGGUUCAAAAACCUAGAGAAGUCGUCCGAGGACCUCCUGGUGAUCUUGAAAACGAUCCAGGGAGAUCCACUGGAUUUGUCGAAGAAAUUCACAAUCGGGGAUGCCGACAAAGACCACGGGAUUGACAUUGCCGGGUUUGAGGCCGUCUUCCCCGAGAACUUCGACCCAGCGUCUGGCUUUUCCGAGCAGCAGAUGGCUUUCCUUCGCGCAUUGCCUGCCCCUGAAGGCUUACAACAACGGCUGGGGUGCUAUCAAAAGUUCAACGAGGACAUAUUAAACGAAGUGGAGCGGCUCAAGUCCAAGAACGUGGUUCUGGGCCAGAACUACCGACGCAUGGUCAUGGCCUGUACGGGGUGGACCGCUGAACAGGUGGACGAGGCUGCCGAGGGACUGACGCAAUGCGUCAAAGAGCUCAAUGAGCAUCCGGUCCCGGAAGAUGAGGCGAUUGAGAUCCUGAUGAAGGACCGCGGCCAGGACUGGUGAUUCUUGAACGAAAUGUGAAACGUCAUGGUACAUAUGCCUGGUCGAAUCCGGAGAUUCGCCGCGGCUUUGAAGCGAUACAGCGAUUCUUGUUUAUUGUUGCUACCUGUUGGCCCUUGGACACAAGGAGCAUUGUUUAUAUGACAGGGCUGCGGUGUUGAGCAUGGUUGUUUGGAUGCAUUGACGUCUGUAUUUGCAGAUACCCCAGAGCACAUCUAAUGGAUUUUGAACGGCUAAUAGGGUGGUGUCUAUCUUUGGUCAAAUAUUAGCCUUACAGUUGAAUGCACAACAAUUCCUGGU